AUGUGGUCCUUUUUCGCCAGGGAUCCCGUUAAAGACUUUGCUUAUGAAAUUAUCCCAGAAACGCAAGAAAAAUGUGGAUUAUGGACUCUUCAUCGGGGCAAACGAAAGUCAAAUGGAGAACCCGUCUCCGUCUUGGUGUACGAGGUUUGCCAAGGCUCAGAACAACAAACUCAGCUUGCCAAAGCAGCCUUCAAACGCAUGAAGACCCUCCGACACCCCAAUAUCCUGGCCUACGUUGAUGGUCUAGAGACAGAGAAAAGCCUGUACUUGGUCACUGAGCAGGUAACUCCACUUGCUGUCCACCUUAAAGCGCAAGCUGAAAAGGGUGGUGCAGGAGAACUGGAGGUGUCAUGGGGUCUUCACCAGAUUGUGAAGGCGUUGAGCUUCUUAAUCAAUGACUGUCAUCUUCUCCACAAUAAUCUGGGAGUAUGGGCUGUUUUUGUGGAUAAAGCUGGGGAGUGGAAACUUGGAGGUCUUGAUCAUGUUUCCCCCGAACAAGGUGAUCCCAGUGGGACAAUUUUACCUGCCCCUAAAGCGGUCUACCCUGAUAUGGAGAAGUAUGAUCCACCUGAAAGUGCCAACAGUAGUGGGGAGAAGUGGGCUGGGGAAGUUUGGCGGUUAGGCUGCCUAAUAUGGGAGGUUUUCAAUGGAAUACUACCACGCACUUCAUCACUUCGUUCAUUAGGAAAGAUUCCAAAAGCUCUUGUACCGCACUACUGUGAGCUUGUUGGAGCGAACCCCCGAGCUCGGCCCAAUCCUGCACGCUUCUUGCAGAACUGCAGAGCUCCUGGAGGAUUUCUCAGUAACAGUUUUGUUGAAAGCAACCUCUUUCUGGAGGAAAUCCAGAUCAAAGAGCCUGCGGAAAAGCAGCAAUUUUUCCAGGAUCUGAGUGAAAACCUCGACUCAUUUCCUGAAGAUUUUUGCAAACACAAGGUCCUUCCUCAGCUUCUUACAGCGUUUGAGUUUGGAAAUGCUGGAGCUGUCGUCCUGACGCCUCUCUUUAAGGUGGGAAAGUUCCUGUCUGCAGAGGAAUACCAACAGAAGAUAAUCCCUGUCAUAGUGAAGAUGUUUUCUUCUACAGACCGAGCAAUGAGGAUACGACUGCUCCAACAAAUGGAGCAAUUCAUUCUGUAUUUAAAUGAAGCUGCUGUCAACAAUCAGAUAUUUCCACAUGUUGUUCAUGGAUUCACAGACACUAACCCGGCCAUUCGAGAGCAGACAGUGAAGUCCAUGUUACUUUUGGCUCCCAAGCUGAAUGAGACAAAUCUGAAUCAGGACCUAAUGCGUCAUUUUGCUAGACUACAGGCUCGUGAUGAGCAAGGCCCAAUCCGGUGCAACACAACUGUUUGCUUGGGCAAGAUAGCCUCCUACCUCAAUGCUGGAGCACGACAGCGUGUUCUGAUUUCGGCCUUUUCUCGUGCCACUAAGGACCCUUUCCCAGCUUCACGGUCUGCAGGUGUACUGGGCUUUGCUGCUACUCACAACUAUUAUAGUGUAUCAGAAAUAGCAGCGCGUAUUUUGCCCACUCUGUGUGCCAUUACAGUCGACCCAGAUAAAGGUGUCCGAGACCAGGCCUUUAAAGCCAUUAAGAGUUUUCUGUCUAAAUUGGAGACUGUCUCCGAGGACCCAAGCAUGCUCACAGAGAUUGAAAAAGACGUAGGGUCGUGUGCUCAGCCUGCUGGUGCCUCUUCAGGGUGGACGGGGUGGGCGGUCACUGGAAUGUCGUCACUGACAUCAAAGCUGAUCCGCACAAGUCCAGGGGUCGAAGCCACAGAGGCUUCAACUUCUGAGGCUGUCACUCCAACAAAUGCUACUUCUGCUGAAACCCCGUCAGAGGCCUCUUUGCCUCAACCAGGUGCCAGUAGCUGUGCCAGUUUAACAGAGACAAGUGCUGCUCAGAGCAACAGUAAUGAGCCAGUUGGAGACCGCUGGGAUGAGGAUGAGGACUGGGGAAGUCUCGAGGAACCUGAGAAAACUCUAACAGAAUCUGAUGACUGGGGUGCUGACUGGUCAGGAGUUACAUCCUCUAAAAAGAAAACAAUUGAUAAAACAAGCCGCGCAUCAACAGGGGCAGUGAAGAAUCAGAGCUCUGAUUGGAGCAGCUCAGGUUGGGAUGCGGAUGACAGUUGGUCCAAUGAGAAAGAGGGACAAGGCCAGAGCUCAGCUGGAGAAGAAGGCUGGGGGAAUGAGUGGGCGGACGAGGACACGGACCCAAAUAAGACACUCCCGCUACCUGCAGGUGUGCGGUUAGCCAGUGAAUACAACUGGGACACGGCCAAAGGCUCUGCUCAGAAUGACCUGUUUGCCAGCGUAUCCCAGAGAUCAGCAGCUAAUGCACCUGUCACGGGAGGAGAUGGCUGGAGCGCAGAAGCAACAGUUGAAUGGGGAGGUGAAGAAAGCUGGGAGUCUGUUGAUGGUGUCCCUGGUUUGAGUAAAGCUGAAUUGUCAAAGAAGAAGCGGGAGGAAAGAAGGAAGGAAUUAGAAGCAAAACGUGCAGAGAGGAAAGCCAACAAAGGACCUCUCAAACUGGGGGCACGCAAACUAGAUUGA